AUGGGAGACAAGUCUGGGAGCAAAGUAACUGCUGCAAAGAACCAGAUCCAUCUCCAGGUAGUGAAGGGGCUGGAGGAUGUGGAUGUGUGUGAGAGGGAGGGCUGCACGUUCGAGGUGACCCUCAACCUGUCCUACAUAGCGGGCACAUGGACCAAGGACGGGGUCAGGCUCAAAUCCAAGCCCACCUGUCACAUCGCUACCCAUAAGAAUAAACACACUCUCACCUUCACCCGGGUCACCGUAGGAGACACUGGCCUGUUCUCCUUCCAGACUGACGGGAGCCAAAACUGGAUCCAAACCUCAGGCCAACUCACUGUCAUAGCCAGAGACAUACAGAUUGUGAAGGAGUUGGAAGAUGAGGAAGUGACCGAGAGGCAGAGUGUGACCUUCCUGUGUGAGGUCAACUGUGAGGACGUGGACGGGCGUUGGUACAACGACAACACCAGGAUCAAACACGGAGACAACGUCAAGAUCAGGCACGAGGGUAAAACUCACACCAUGUGCUUCAAGUCUGUAAGGCCAGCGAAUGCUGGGGAGAUCAAAUUCACCGCAGACAGGGUCUCCUCCUAUGCAACUCUCACGGUAAAAGAGCUGCCUGUGCAGAUAGUGAAGCCUCUGAGAGUGAAGAUUGCUAUGUACAAACACAAAGGCCUGCUGGAGUGCCAGGUGUCCAGGGCCAACGCCCAGGUCAGGUGGUUCAAGAACAGAAGUGAGAUCCAACCCAGCAAGAAGCACCAGAUUGUUAGCGACGAUGUCUACAGGCAGCUGCACAUCGAUGACGUGGCCUCAUCAGACGAGGACACCUACACCUGUGACGCUGGCGAUGACAAGACCUCCUGCCAACUGCUAGUGGAGGAGCAGGCGAUCAGCAUAGUGCAGGGGCUGAGGUCUGUGAAGGUGACCGAGCCCAGGGAGGCCCUGUUCCAGGUGGAGACCAGCCUGAGGGCGGGGAGACCCCCAAAGUGGACCCUGGACGGAGAGGUCCUGAUGGAGGGGCCUGAACUGAGCAUAGACCGGCAGGGCACACUGCACACCCUCUGCUUCAUCAGCACGGACAGCUCUAUGACCGGCCCUGUGCAGUUCAACGCCGGGAAGAGCCGCUCCACCGCACAGCUCACCGUUAAGGAGCGCCCUCUGAAAGUGGUCCAGCCCAUGCCAGACGUGGAGGCUAAGGAGAACAGCUCGGUCACACUGAGGUGUCAGUUUUCCCCCUCCCCCAGGGUGGUGCGCUGGUACAGGGGCCGCACUGCCUUGCAGACAUCCAGCAAGUACAGCAUGAGGACGGAGAAGAGCCAGGCAGAGCUGACCAUCCAGGGCCUCAAGGAGACCGACACUGGCCAGUACAGCUGCAUGGCUGGAGGGUCAAAGAGCACAGCCAAGGUUACUGUGGAGGUGCGAAGGCUGAAGAUCGUAAGGCACCUGGAGCACGUGAAGGUGGAAGAGGAUAGCAACGCCACGUUCACAUGUGAACUCAACUACGUGGUAGCCAAUGUGCAGUGGCUUCUGAACGACAACCACCUCAACGCCAACACUGUUACCAGGAUUCAGAACAUGGGCACCAUUCACAGCCUCACCAUCAAAAAUCUCCGCCCACAGGAGAGCAGGGUGACCUUCAAGGCUGGCCUUCUCACAGAGUCCACCUCCCUCAAGGUCAAAGAAAAGCCAGCAGUGUUCCUCAGGUCUCUAGAAGACAUGUCAGGGGAGGAGGAGGGGAAGGUGUGUCUGCAGUGUGAGACCUCUAAGGAAACGGUCACCCCCGUCUGGAGGAAGGAUGGUACGGUCCUGGCCAGCAGUGACAAAUAUGAGCUGCUCAUGUUUGGGAAGUCCUUAACGCUCAUCAUCCAUAGUCUGAGUAAGGAUGAUGCAGGCCACUACAGCUGUGACCUGGGCACCAGCCAGACCAAGGCCAAGGUCACUGUACAUGACAUUCACAUCACCAUCGCCCAGCGUAUGAAGACCGUCGCCGUUCUGGAGGGCGAGAGCUGCAGUUUCGAGUGCGUCCUCUCUCACGAUGUCAUCGACGAGCCCUCCUGGACCCUGAACGGUCGACUUGUGGUCAGCAACAGCCGCAUCCAGAUCGUAAACAAGGGUCGCAAGUACAAGAUGACCAUCAGAGACGCAACUGUGACUGAAGCCGGGGACGUAGUCUUCUUCGUCAAAGACCUCAGCUGCCGGACCAUGCUGUUUGUCAAAGAGAAGCCGGUGCAUGUGUUCAGGGACAUGACGAGCGUCAAAGCCACCCCAGGGGAGGAUGCUGAGCUGAGCUGUGAGAUCACCAAGCCUGAGGCCUUCAUCCGCUGGCUGAAGAACGGCCAUCAGAUCAGGCACAGUCCUCCCAAGUACGAGAUCAGUGUGGAGGAGCACCUGGUACGGCUGGUUAUCACGAACACCUGUAUCAGAGACUCUGGGGAGUACUGCUGUGAGGCUGACGGCAUUGCCACCCGGGCCAAGCUGGAGGUCAGAGAGCUGCAGCACACAUUUGCUCGGGAGCUGCGGGACACACGGGCCGAGGAGAAGAGCAAGGUGAUGCUGGAGUGCGAGACGAGACUUCCGGCCAAGCGGGUGACCUGGCUGAAGGGCAUGGCAGAGCUCCGGGCGGGCAGGAAGUAUGUGAUGAAGCAGAAGGGCGUGGUCCUCUACCUCACCAUCAGCUGCCUGGAGAAGGUUGACACCGACGUGUACACCUGCGAUGUUGGCACCAUGCAGAGCCGGGCGCUACUGACCGUGCAUGGUCAGAAGGUGUUGAUCAUGGACGAGCUGGAGGAUGUUGAGUGUCUGGAGAAUGACACGGUGAUGUUCAGGUGUCGUAUCUGUCCCAGCGAUUAUGUUGGGGUCAAGUGGUACCUGGAUGAGACCUUACUGUACACCAAUGAGCUAAAUGAGAUCCAAGUGACCCCGGGGGGCUACCACAGCCUCACGUUCAAACAACUGGCUCGUAAAGACUCGGGCACCAUCUCCUUUGAGGCAGGCGACAAGAGGUCCUACGCCUCACUGCUUGUUAGAGAGAGACGUCCCACCAUCACCAAAGCAUUGGAGGACUGCGAGGCCAUUGAGGGAGGCGGUUUGGUGCUGGUGUGUAUCACCUCUAAGCCAUGCCACAUCCUGUGGUACAAAGAUGGCUGCCUAAUGUGGAUUUCCUCGAGGUACUAUGUCAGUCGCUCAGGUAACGAGGCCAGGCUUACCAUCAGGGAGGUCAGUAACAGCGAUGCUGGGGUGUACGAGUGCAGCGCUGGGUCUGUUAGCACCAAGGCUGUCGUCACUGUAAAAGCCAUUCCAGCUGAGUUCACCCAUCCGCUGCAGAGCAGGGAGGUAAAGGAAGGGGAGGAUGUGACCCUUUCCUGUGAGUUCUCCCUGCCGGGGGUUGCGUUCCACUGGAGGAGGGGCUUGGAGACCCUCCGAGCUGGAGAGAGGUACCUGAUGAAGCAGAAGAAGUCCCUCAUCUCUUUGACCAUCACUGGCCCGAAGCCUCAGGACUCAGGAGAUUACACCUGUCAGUGCCGAGACCACAGAACCACAGCCAGCCUCAAAGUCCACGCCAUCCCCAUCUCCUUCACACAACAGUUGAAAAAUGUUCAGGCUGAGGAGGGCAGCAGUUUCACGUUGCGCUGUGAGCUUUCUAAACCAGGAGUCCCUGUAGAGUGGAGGAAAGGGGAGGGGCUGUUAAAGAAUGGAGUGAAGUUCCAGAUAAGGAAGAGAGAGACCAUAUCAGAGCUUCAGAUGUGGAAAGCUGUGCCUGACGACAGUGGCGUCUACAGCUGCGAGUGUGCAGACCAAAAGACCACAGCCACCGUCAAAAUCAGCGCCCUGCCUGUUAUCUUCAAACAAAAGCUGAGGAACGUGCAUGUUGAGGAGGGGAACAAUUUGGUGUUACACUGUGAGCUCUCCAAACCAGGAGUCCCUGUGGAAUGGAUGAUGGGAGGAGAGGAGCUGCUGAAGAACGGAGAGAAGUUUCAGAUAAGACAGAGAGAGUUGGUGAAUGAACUGAAGAUAAUAGAUGCCAAACCCGAAGACAGCAAUAUCUACACCUGUGUUUGUGGCAAUGUGGAAACCACAGCCGGUGUUACAGUCACAGCAACUCCCAUCACUUUCAAGCAAAAGCUGAGGAACCUGCAGACCGAGGAAGGGAACACCAUCUCGCUGCACUGUGAGCUGUCUAAAGCAGGGGUUCCAGUGGAGUGGAGGCUGGGAGGAGAGAGGAUACUGCAGAACGGAGACAAAUACCAGAUCAAGCAGACAGACUCGGCACUGGAACUCCUCAUCAGGGAGGCUCUGCCAGAGGACAGUGGAGUCUACAGCUGUGUGUGUCGAGACAAGAAGACCAAGGCCACUGUCAAAGUCAUUGCUGUACCUGCCACCUUCAAAGUGGGUCUGAAGAACCAGGAGGCCCCAGAGGAGGACAGCAUAACCCUGCACUGUGAGCUGUCUAAGGCUGGGGUCUCAGUGGAGUGGUGGAGGGGGGAGACAGAACUGUCCCAAGACCUGUCCGGAGGAAAGUACCAGAUGAAAUUGGAGGGGAAAAUAGCUGAGCUGACCAUUACCAAUGUGCAACCGGAGGACAUAGGCAAGUACAGCUGUGUCACUGGAGACCAGAAGACCACCGCUGAAGUUAAAGUGCAGGCUCUCCCUGUGACGUUCAAGCGGCAGCUCCAGAACAUGGUGAUCAUAGAGGGGGACAGUGGGGAGUUCUUCUGUGAGCUCUCCAAGCCCGGUGACCCAGUGGACUGGAGGAAGGGCAGAGUCAUCCUGAAGUCUGGAGACAAAUAUGAGAUGAGGCAGGAGGGACGCGUCACUAAACUGCUCAUACAUAACGUGGAGGAGAGGGAUGCUGGGAAAUACACCUGUAAGAGUCGAGAUGCCCAGUCAACUGCUGAACUGACCGUGACAGGCCUACCCCCCACUUUCAAAGAACAGCUGAGGAACAUGGAAGUUGAGGAGGGUAAGACGGUGUCGCUACACUGUGAACUGUCUAAAGCAGCAGCCUCAGUUGAGUGGAAGAGGGGAGCAAAGCUGCUGAAGAAUGUAGGCAAGUACCAGAUGAGGAAGAAAGAUUUACUGGUGGAAUUGAAGAUCAUCGACGCAAAUCUGGAGGACAGUGGGGUUUACGCCUGUAUUUGUGGCGAACAAAUGACCACAGCAACUGUUACAAUGAAGGCUCGCCCUGUCACAUUUAUAGAAGAGUUGAGGAACGUUCAGGCCGAGGAGGGCAACACUGUGACGUUGUGCUGUGAGCUCUCUAAACCAGGGAUGUCAGUUGAAUGGAGGAGAGGAACAGCUCUUCUGCAGAACGGAGAGAAGUACCAAAUGAAGCAGAAAGACGCAGCGUUGGAGCUGAUCAUCAGGAAAACCUUACCUGAGGACAGUGGUGUCUACAGCUGCUUGUCGGAAGACCAGCAAACCUUUGCCACCAUCAUUAUCACUGCCAUCCCAGUCACUUUCAAACAGAAGUUGAAAAACCAAGAGGCUCUAGAAGAGGGCAGCGUGACGUUGCGCUGUGAGCUGUCUAAACCAGGGGUCCCCGUGGUGUGGCUGAGGGGAGAGGAGCUGCUGAGGGAAGGUGAGAGGCACCAUAUGAAGCAGGAGGGCAGGACCGUGGAGAUGGUCAUCGGGAAGGUGGUCCUUCAGGAUGCUGGGGAGUACAGCUGUGUCACAGCCUGCAACGUCAAGACAGCAGCUGAUAUCAAAGUUAGGGCUCUCCCUGUAAUAUUCACACAAGAGGUCCAGAGUGCGGUGAUCAAAGAAGGGGACAGUGGGGAGUUCUGGUGCGAGCUCUCCAAGCCCGGUGACCCAGUGGACUGGAGGAAGGGCAGAGUCAUCCUGAAGUCUGGAGACAAAUAUGAGAUGAAGCAAGAGGGACGCGUCACUAAACUGCUCAUCCAUAACGUGGAGGAGAGGGAUGCUGGGAAAUACACCUGUAAGAGUCGAGAUGCCCAGUCAACUGCUGAACUGACCGUGACGGCUCCUCCCGUCACGUUCAAGGUGAAGUUGAAGAACCUGGAAGUCGAGGAGGAGAACAGUGUGACGUUAUUCUGUGAGCUCUCUAAACCAGGACUGACGGCAGAGUGGAGAAAAGGAGAGGGGCUGCUGAAGAACGGAGUAAAGUACCAGAUAAAGAAGAGAGAGGCAACAAUGGAACUGACAAUAAGGAAUGCGGUGCUUGAGGACACCGGACUCUACAGCUGUGUUUACGCAGAAGCCAAAACCACCGCCACUGUCAACAUCACCCCCAUCCCUGUCACCUUCAAGAUGGGUCUUAAGAACCAGGAGGCCUCAGAGGGGGGCAUCGUGACCCUGCGCUGUGAGCUGUCUAAAGCUGGGGUCCCGGUGGAGUGGCGGAAAGGGGAGGAGGAGGUGAGCCCUGGAGGAAGGUACCAGAUGAAGCUGGAGGGAAAGAUAGCGGAGUUGCACAUUAGAAACAUCCAGCCAGAGGACGUGGGGGAGUACAGCUGUAUAUUCGGAGACCAGAAAACCACUGCUGAAGUCAACGUGAGAGCUGCUGCCUCAGUGUUCUUUGAGAAGGAGCUGGAGAGCAAUGUGGUGAUGGAGGGGAAGUCCGUGGUCCUCUCCUGUGAGGUCUCCAGUGCCACUGUCCCCGUCACCUGGAAGAAGGACGCCUGCCUGGUCACAGAUGGGGAGAGGUGCAUUGUAAAAAAGAAAGGUCCCGUUCACACCCUGGAGAUCAAGAUGCUGAGUCUGGAGGAUGCCGGGGAGUACAGCUGCAUCACUAGGGGGAAGAAAACCACAGCCAUGCUGGUUGUGAAAGAGCGUGUGAAAAUAUUGUCCGGACUGAAGGACAUGAAAGUCACAGCCGGGCAGGACGCAGUGUUUGUGUGUGAGCUGUCCCAUGCCGAGGUGAGUGAAGGCGAGUGGUGGCUGGGCUCCAGCCCACUGCAGAAGAACGAAAUGAACCAGAUGAGCUUUGAGGGCCACCAGCACUGCCUGGUCUUGACCAUGACCACCCCGGAGGAGACCGGGACCGUGGCCUUCGUGGUUGGGGAGGAGAGAACCUCUGCCCAACUGCUAGUUGUCCACAAACCCAAAGUACUCAUUGAGAAGAAGCCCCAGGACAUUGACAUCAUGGAAGGGGAGACGGCCACCUUAUCCUGUACGACCUCUGACCUCAUUACCCCUGUCACAUGGAGAAGGAACAACAUGCCCCUACUGAACGGAGACAAGUAUGAGACGCGUAAGAAGGGCAAGCUCAACCUCCUACUCAUCCAUGAGACGGAACCAGAGGACUCUGGGAUAUACUCCUGUGACACUGGAGACAUGCAGAGCGAUGCCUAUCUGACGGUCAAUGAGCUACCACUGUACUUCGAGGAGGAGCUGCAGGCUGUGGAGGCUGAGGAGGGUGGCACAGCCUUUCUGUUUUGUGAGCUGUCUAAGCCCGGAGUCCCAGUCCAGUGGAGGAAAGGCCGGCUGCCUCUCAGGCCCAACAGGAAGUACCAGAUGAAGCAGGACAACUGUGUGUUUCAGCUACACAUCCUGGAGCUGAAAAAGGAAGACAGUGGCAGCUACUCGUGCCAGGCAGGUUGCGUGGAGACCACCGCCUCUGUGUCUGUGAAAGGUAUGUGUGUGAUUGGUUGUAAGAAGCCCCGGGACACUGUCAUCAUGGAAGGGGAGACGGCGACCUUAUCCUGUACGACCUCUGACCUCACUACCCCUGUCACAUGGAGACGCAACAACAUGCCCCUACUGAACGGAGACAAGUAUGAGAACCGUAAGGAGGGCAAGCUCAACCUGCUUCUCAUCCAUAAUGUGGACCCAGAUGACUCUGGGAUAUACUCCUGUGACACUGGAGACAUGCAGAGCAGCGCCAAUCUGACUGUCACAGAGCUGCCUCCAUGCUUUGAAGAAGAGCUGCAGGCUGUGGAGGCUGAGGAAGGAGGCACGGCCUUCCUGUCCUGUGAACUGUCUAAGCCUGGAGUCCCAGUCCAGUGGAGGAAGGGCCGGCUGCCUCUCAGGCCCAACAGGAAGUACCAGAUGAAGCAGGACGGCUGUGUGUUUCAGCUACACAUCCUGGAGCUGAAGUCCGAGGACAGUGGCAGCUACUCGUGCCAGGCAGGUUGUGUGGAGACCACCGCCACUGUGUCUGUGAAAGAGAUUAAAGUACUCAUUGAGGAGAAGCCCCGGGACACCGUCAUCAUGGAAGGGGAGACGGCAACCUUAUCCUGUACGACCUCUGACCUCACUACUCCUGUCACAUGGAGACGCAACAACAUGCCCCUACUGAACGGAGACAAGUAUGAGAACCGUAAGGAGGGCAAGCUCAACCUGCUUCUCAUCCACAAUGUGGACCCAGAUGACUCUGGGAUAUACUCCUGUGAUACUGGAGACAUGCAGAGCAGCGCCAAUCUGACUGUCACAGAGCUGCCUCCAUGCUUUGAAGAAGAGCUGCAGGCUGUGGAGGCUGAGGAAGGAGGCACGGCCUUCCUGUCCUGUGAACUGUCUAAGCCUGGAGUCCCAGUCCAGUGGAGGAAGGGCCGGCUGCCUCUCAAUCCCAACAGGAAGUACCAGAUGAAGCAGGACGGCUGUGUGUUUCAGCUACACAUCCUGGAGCUGAAGUCCGAGGACAGUGGCAGCUACUCGUGCCAGGCAGGUUGUGUGGAGACCACCGCCUCUGUGUCUGUGAAAGGUAUGUGUGUGAUUGGUUGUGAGAAGCCCCGGGACACCCUCAUCAUGGAAGGGGAGACGGCGACCUUAUCCUGUACGACUUCUGACCUCACUACUCCUGUCACAUGGAGACGCAACAACAUGCCCCUACUGAACGGAGACAAGUAUGAGAACCGUAAGGAGGGCAAGCUCAACCUGCUUCUCAUCCACAAUGUGGACCCAGAUGACUCUGGGAUAUACUCCUGUGAUACUGGAGACAUGCAGAGCAGCGCCAAUCUGACUGUCACAGAGCUGCCUCCAUGCUUUGAAGAAGACCUUCAGGCUGUGGAGGCUGAGGAAGGAGGCACGGCCUUCCUGUCCUGUGAACUGUCUAAGCCUGGAGUCCCAGUCCAGUGGAGGAAGGGCCGGCUGCCUCUCAGGCCCAACAGGAAGUACCAGAUGAAGCAGGACGGCUGUGUGUUUCAGCUACACAUCCUGGAGCUGAAGUCCGAGGACAGUGGCAGCUACUCGUGCCAGGCAGGUUGUGUGGAGACCACCGCCUCUGUGUCUGUGAAAGUUAAAGUACUCAUUGAGAAGAAGCUCCUUGACACCGUCAUCAUGGAAGGGGAGACGGCGACCUUAUCCUGUACGACCUCUGACCUCACUACCCCUGUCACAUGGAGACGCAACAACAUGCCCCUACUGAACGGAGACAAGUAUGAGAACCGUAAGGAGGGCAAGCUCAACCUGCUUCUCAUCCACAAUGUGGACCCAGAUGACUCUGGGAUAUACUCCUGUGAUACUGGAGACAUGCAGAGCAGCGCCAAUCUGACUGUCACAGAGCUGCCUCCAUGCUUUGAAGAAGAGCUGCAGGCUGUGGAGGCUGAGGAAGGAGGCACGGCCUUCCUGUCCUGUGAACUGUCUAAGCCUGGAGUCCCAGUCCAGUGGAGGAAGGGCCGGCUGCCUCUCAAUCCCAACAGGAAGUACCAGAUGAAGCAGGACGGCUGUGUGUUUCAGCUACACAUCCUGGAGCUGAAGUCCGAGGACAGUGGCAGCUACUCGUGCCAGGCAGGUUGUGUGGAGACCACCGCCACUGUGUCUGUGAAAGUUAAAGUACUCAUUGAGAAGAAGCCCCGGGACACCGUCAUCAUGGAAGGGGAGACAGCGACCUUAUCCUGUACGACCUCUGACCUCACUACCCCUGUCACAUGGAGACGCAACAACAUGCCCCUAGUGAACGGAGACAAGUAUGAGAACCGUAAGGAGGGCAAGCUCAACCUGCUUCUCAUCCACAAUGUGGACCCAGAUGACUCUGGGAUAUACUCCUGUGACACCGGAGGCAUGCAGAGCAGUGCCAAUCUGACUGUCACAGAGCUGCCUCCAUGCUUUGAAGAAGAGCUGCAGGCUGUGGAGGCUGAGGAAGGAGGCACGGCCUUCCUGUCCUGUGAACUGUCUAAGCCUGGAGUCCCAGUCCAGUGGAGGAAGGGCCGGCUGCCUCUCAGGCCCAACAGGAAGUACCAGAUGAAGCAGGACGGCUGUGUGUUUCAGCUACACAUCCUGGAGCUGAAGUCCGAGGACAGUGGCAGCUACUCGUGCCAGGCAGGUUGUGUGGAGACCACCGCCACUGUGUCUGUGAAAGUUAAAGUACUCAUUGAGAAGAACCCCCGGGACACCGUCAUCAUGGAGGGGGAGACGGCGACCUUAUCCUGUACGACCUCUGACCUCACUACCCCUGUCACAUGGAGACGCAACAACAUGCCCCUACUGAACAGAGACAAGUAUGAGAACCGUAAGGAGGGCAAGCUCAACCUGCUUCUCAUCCACAAUGUGGACCCAGAUGACUCUGGGAUAUACUCCUGUGAUACUGGAGACAUGCAGAGCAGCGCCAAUCUGACUGUCACAGAGCUGCCUCCAUACUUUGAGGAGGAGCUGCAGGCUGUGGAGGCUGAGGAAGGGGAAACGGCCUUUCUGUCCUGUGAACUGUCUAAGCCCGGAGUCCCAGUCCAGUGGAGGAAGGGCCGGCUGCCUCUCAGGCCCAACAGGAAGUACCAGAUGAAGCAGGACGGCUGUAUGUUUCAGCUACACAUCCUGGAGCUGAAGCCCGAUGACAGUGGCAGCUACACAUGCCUGGCAGGGUGUGUGGAGACCACCGCCUCUGUGUCUGUGAAAGUUAAAGUACUCAUUGAGGAGAAGCCCCGGGACACCGUCAUCAUGGAAGGAGAGACUGCCACCUUAUCCUGUACAACCUCUGACCUCACUACCCCUGUCACAUGGAGACGCAACAACAAGCCCUUACUGACGGGAGACAAGUAUGAGAACCGUAAGGAGGGCAAGCUCAACCUGAUUCUCAUCCACAAUGUGGACCCAGAUGACUCUGGGAUAUACUCCUGUGAUACUGGAGAUAUGCAGAGCAGCGCCAAUCUGACUGUCACAGAGCUGCCUCCAUGCUUUGAAGAAGAGCUGCAGGCUGUGGAGGCUGAGGAAGGAGGCACAGCCUUCCUGUCCUGUGAACUGUCUAAGCCUGGAGUCCCAGUCCAGUGGAGGAAGGGCCGGCUGCCUCUCAGGCCCAACAAUAAGUACCAGAUGAAACAGGACGGCUGUGUGUUUCAGCUACACAUCCUGGAGCUGAAGCCCAAGGAUAGUGGCAGCUACACGUGCCAGGCAGGUGGUGUGGAGACCACAGCCUCUGUGGCAGUAAAGCCUCCCCCAGCCAAGACAGAACCUCCCAAGACAAUGCCUCCCAUGAAGGCUGCCUCUCCCACACCUCCACCAGGGCCAAAGAAACAGGGCAUGAUCCGGGCAUCCAUUGUGGGGUCAGAGGAAGACCUGGAUCCUGAAGCGACGGUGGUAGACCUACGUAAUAAACAGUUAUUAAGGUCUAUUGGUAAGGAGAUUAAGGUAGACCAGCAGGAGAAACAGCAAGUGAAACAGCCAGUAAGAGCUAUGGUGAGGGACACAGAGGAAAAAAAGCCAUUGAAGUCUUUGGUGAAGGAGAUUGAAGUAGACCACAUGGUGAAACAGCCAGUGCCCCCAGCGAGACGAGCGUCUAUAGUGUCGGAUGAUGGGGUAGACGAGGUGAGGAAACAGCCAGUUCCACCAGUGAGACAAGCAUCUAUAAUGUCAGAUGCUGAGGUAGACGAGGUGAGGAAGCAGCCAGUUCCACCAGUGAGACAAGCAUCUUUAAUGUCAGAUGCUGAGGUAGACAAGGUGAGGAAGCAGCCAGUUCCACCAGUGAGACAAGCAUCUUUAAUGUCAGAUGCUGAUGUAGACGAGGUGAGGAAGCAGCCAGUUCCACCAGUGAGACAAGCAUCUUUAAUGUCAGAUGCUGAUGUAGACGAGGUGAGGAAGCAGCCAGUUCCACCAGUGAGACAAGCAUCUGUAGUGUUGGAUGCUGGGAUAGAGCAAGUCCUGAAACAGUCAGUGCCACCAGCGAGGCGGGCAUCUGUCGUGUCAGAUUCUGGGGUAGAUGAGGUGAGGAAACAGCCAGUUCCACCAGUGAGACGAGCAUCUGUAGUGUCAGAUACUGGGAUAGAGCAAGUGGUGAAACAGCCAGUUCCACCAGUGAGACGAGCAUCUGUAGUAUCGGAUGCUGGGGUAGAUGAGGUGAGGAAACGGACAGUUCCAGCAGGGAGGCGGGCAUCUGUAGUUUCAGAUCCGGAUGCUGGGGUAGAAGAGUUGAGGAAACAGUCAGUUCCAUCAGUGAGACGAGCAGCUGUAGUGUCAGAUGCUGGGAUAGACCAAGUGGUGAAACAGCCAGUACCACCAGCGAGACGAGCAUCUGUAGUAUCGGAUGCUGGGGUAGACCAAGUGGUGAAACAGCCAGUACCACCAGCGAGACGAGCAUCUGUAGUGUCAGAUGCUGUGAUAGACCAAGUGGUGAAACAGCCAGUACCACCAGCGAGACGGGCAUCUGUAGUGUCGGAUGCUGGGGUAGAUGAGGUGAGGAAACAGCCAGUUCCACCAGUGAGACGAGCAUCUGUAGUGUCGGAUGCUGGGGUAGACCAAGUGGUGAAACAGCCAGUACCACCAGCGAGACGAGCAUCUGUAGUGUCAGAUGCUGGGGUAGAUGAGGUGAGGAAACAGCCAGUUCCACCAGUGAGACGAGCAUCUGUAGUGUCAGAUGCUGGGGUAGAUGAGGUGAGGAAACAGCCAGUACCACCAGCGAGACGAGCAUCUGUAGUGUCAGAUGCUGGGGUAGAUGAGGUGAGGAAACGGACAGUUCCACCAGUGAGACGAGCAUCUGUAGUAUCGGAUUCUGGGAUAGACCAAGGGAUGAAAAACACAGUUCCACUAGCGAGACAAUCAUCUAUAAUGUCAGAUGCUGGUGUAGAUGAGGUUAGGAAACAGCCAGUUCCACCAGCGAGACGAGCAUCUGUAGUGUCGGAUGCUGGGGUAGAUGAGGUGAGGAAACAGUCAGUUCCACCAGUGAGACGAGCAUCUGUAGUAUCGGAUGCUGGGGUAGAUGAGGUAAGGAAACGGACAGUUCCAGCAGGGAGGCGAGCAUCUGUAGUUUCAGAUUUGGAUGCUGGGGUAGAAGAGUUGAGGAAACACUCAGUUCCACUAGCGAGACAAGCAUCUAUAAUGUCAGAUGCUGAGGUAGACGAGGUGAGGAAACGGCCAGUGCCACCAGUGAGGCAAGCAUCUGUAGUGUCGGAUGCUGGGAUAGAGGAAGUCGUGAAACAGCCAGUUCAACCAUUGAGACGAGCAUCUGUAGUAUCGGAUGCUGGGGUAGAUGAGGUGAGGAAACGGACAGUUCCAGCAGUGAGGCGAGCAUCUAUGAUGUCAGAUGCUGGGAUAGACGAGGUGAGGAAACAGCCAGUUCCCCAAGCGAGAAGAGCGUCUGUAGUGUUGGAUGCUGGUAUAGACCAAGUGGUGAAACAGCCAGUGCCACCAGUGAGACGAUCAUCUAUAGUGUCCGAUGAUGGAGUAGAACAGAUGGUUAGAUCUGUUAGAUCUAAAAAGAAGAUAGAUAUAGAAAUAGGCCAUCAAGAGAAACAUCCAGUGAAGUCUAUUCUGAAGGAGACAGAGAUAGAACAGAGGGAUAAACAGCCAGCAAGGUCUACAGUGCAGGAGACUGAAAAACCCAAGAUGAUGGAGGAUGAUAACCAACUCCAUAUCUCAGAGGAUGAGUCCUUUACUGAGGCCCCCACCCAGGUAACAGUCAACCAGAGGACCAGCAAGCCUGUAGUCGCUGUUGCUGGAGUUCCCAAGGGGCUACAGAUGACUCAGCAAGUUGACGAAAUUGCACUUGACAGUGUCGAGGACGAACAUGAGAUGUUGGAAGCUGCCAUCAAGAUCCAGGCAGCUUUCAAGGGAUACAAGACCCGCAAAGACAUGCGGCCCAUCUUCAAGCAGGUCUUUAAGAACCAGAAUGCUGAGACCAAUGGUACCAUCCAGCUGGAGUGUAAGGUGGAAGGGAAGCUCAACGCAGUACGCUGGCUGAAGAACAGCCAGGAGGUCAUAGGAGACCAACGCCACCGUAUGAACACCUCAGAGGAUGGCGUCUGCACACUGGUGAUCAUCAACAUGUCAGCCAUAGACACUGGGGUCUAUACCUGUGAGGUGGCCAACACGUUUGGUGUGUCCUCAUAUAAUGGUAACAUUACAGUGGGUGAACCUCAAAAGCCACCAUCUACCCAGAGGCCCGCAGCCCCAGCCCAGCCCUCCACCCCUUCUGUGCACCCAGUCCUGGCCUCCAUUGGCCCUCUCCAGCCAGCCCAGACCUCCACCCCUGGGAAGGAGACUGUGGAGUCUGUGGAGUGUGAGGGGAUCUCCCUGUGGCAGGCCUACAAUCUGACAGAGGAGGAUCCCCACAUGACCUUGCAGGAGAGGAGGAGGGCCUCCCUUAUCGCCGCCAGCUCUAUGUCUAGUCCCUCUGACUACGACACAGCUCCAGAUUUCAUAGAGCCUGCUGACAUAAUCCCCAGAGAUCACCCCAGCGAAAAAGAAGCCAUUAAGUCAGACGACCAGUUAUCCAAUAAGGAGGAUAAAGAACAGAAAGUCACGCCUCAACCACCGAGGCAUUUGAAGGUCAAAGUACCUGAUGCCAUGUUGAGGACUCCAUCCCCCAAACACUAUCAUUCCCACACACCUGCUGCUCUUACAGGCUCUGGCUCGGAGUCCGAUUGUGACGAGGAUAGAAUAGAGACAUUUGAUAUAUACGUGGCCAGAGCUAACUGCAGUCCUCAACAAGGUGGCGACAAGGAGAGCUUUGUGUUGAAGGAGGGUCAGUACGUGGAGGUCUUGGACUCUGUCCACCCGGAGAAGUGGCUGGUCCGCACCAAGCCCUCCAAGACCGCCUCCUCACGCCAAGGAUGGGUCUCUCCUGCAUACCUGGAGAAAAAGAGAAAGGAGACAUUCCCACAAAUGAGGACACCACAACAGGAGCUGGAUGUACCAGGGUCUACAGGGGAGAACUACAGGAGAACACUAAGCCAAUUAAUCCAGGGGCUGAUUGAUGGGGAGGAAGAGUUUGUGAAGGAGAUGAAGGAAUUCAUGUCCCACCACCUGCACCACUUAGACACCAGCCCUCAUGUCCCUAUCAACAUCAUCAACCAGAAAGAAACCAUCUUCCGCAAUAUAAAGGACAUCAUGGCUUUACACGAGAGAUCUAUUCUGCCCAGUCUGAGUGAGUGUUCUACUGACGAUGACGUGGCCAUGCAUCUGGUCAAACAUGCAGUGGACUUUGAGAAGUAUCUGCAAUACAUGGUGGGCCAAUCACAGGCAGAGGCCUGUGUCACUGACAAGACCAUCCAGCAGUACUUCAAGCAAAACACGGAAACAGACCCUGAGCACCCCGAAACUGCAGUCCUGGAUGUCAUCACCUUCUUACAGAGACCAGUGGAGAGGAUCCAGACCUACCAGGCCUUGCUCAAGGAACUGAUCAAGAACAAGGCUAAGUGUGCGAAAAGCUGCCUUCUGCUGGAGGACGCCUUCUCCGUGGUGUCCUGUCUGCCCUGGCGCUCUGACAACCUACACCAGGUGUCUCUGAUUGAGAACUACCCUGCCCCACUCACUGCACUAGGAGAACCUGUCCGCCAGGGUCCUUUCACUGUGUGGGAGGAGUCUCCCGAGAUCAAGACGUCCUCCAGGGGCCACCAGAGGCAGGUGUUCCUCUUCAAGGACUGUGUCUUGCUGUGUAAGCUCAAGAGGGACCCUGGAAUGAACUCUGACACCUACGCCUUCAAGAACAAGAUGAAGCUGAAUGAUGUGGAGGUGAAGGAGACGGUGGGGGGAGAUGAGAAGUCCUGGGGGCUGUGGCACGAGCACCGGGGCUCAGUGAGGAGGUACACACUGCAGGGUCGCUCCGCCCUGCUCAAGCUGUCCUGGCUCAAAGACCUGAGAGAGCUGCAGCAACGCUCCAGCCUGACUGCCAGCAGUCCACCAGAGUUUGAAGUUCUCCUGGCUGACUGCACCACAAAGAUUGGGCAGACAAUCAAACUGGCCUGCAAAGUCAUAGGAACACCCAAACCAGUGGUCAGCUGGUUCCAAGAUGGCCUGGCCCUAGAGGAUGGCCCCCACCACAUCAUCACUGCAGACCGGGCAGGCACCUGCUGUCUCAUCAUGGAUGGUGUCACUCCUGAGGACUCUGGACAGUACUUGUGCUACGCUUCCAGCUCUGUGGGCCAUGCUAGCACACUGGCCAAGAUAGUGGUGGAUGCACCCCCCAGAUUCCGUACCAGGCUGCAGAGUGCAUGUCUGCUGGAGGGAGAGGACAUCAAGUUUAGCUGCUCAACACACAGUACUCCUUUACCCCGAGUCAGUUGGUUUAAGGAUGGCAGAGAGCUGACAGACCAGAGGAAGUACCACAUAGAGAGUGAUGCCCGCAGUGGGAUCCUCACACUCACCAUCGUGAACCCUGGAGAGACAGACCUGGGACAGUAUAGGUGUGAGCUGUGGAACAAGUUGGGCAGUGCCAAGAGUAAAGCGGAGAUGUGCUCCGCCUUUGCGCAAGUGAUGGACAGUGAGCCUGACCAACCACAGGCCCUCUUGAUCCAAGACUCCGACUCAGAGGGCUGGUCCACUGCCAUGGUGAAGCAAUGGCUGCAGACAGACUUCAGCCCCACAUCUGUUGUCAAAAUGCUCUUCCAGCCUGGAUACCCUCAGCCCGCCGAGGGUAGCCAAGAGGAAAGGGACCCUACCGCCAGAGGACACGUGGCGGCGCCACAGUUCCCCACUGAGCUUGAGGAGAGACCUGAGGUUGAGGAGGAACUUUAUGUUCCUGAGGCCAUAGAGGAAAUGCCAACAGCUCCUCCCUCCAUCCAGGUGCCGGUGGAGGACCUGUGUGUGGAGCCUGGUCAAUCAGCUACCUUCACCAUCAUCAUCACAGGAAGGCCCACCCCCGAGAUUCAGUGGUACAAGGAUGGAGAGGAGCUGUUGGCCAAUGAGAAUGUGGAGGUGGUCCAGAAUGGUGCCCGCUGCUCGCUGACUGUGCUGUGCCCGGAGAGCGAGGACGGUGGCAUCUACACCUGCUGGGCCUAUAACGACUCCGGACACACCUCCUGUCAGGCUCAGCUGACAGUGGAGGAGGGUCCACUGGAGUCACAGGAGAGAGAGGUGGAGCUUGGGAAGAGGAGGAAGCUGCUGUCUGUGUAUGACGUCCAUGGGGAGAUUGGGAGAGGCACGUAUGGGGUGGUAAAGCGGGUUACCCACAGGAGGACGGGUGAGGGCUUUGCCGCCAAGUUCCUGCCCCUGAGGAGCAGUACGAGAACCAGGGCAUUCCAAGAAAGGGACCUGCUCUCCCGGCUGGCCCACCCCAGGGUGGCCUGUCUGCUGGACUUCUUCUCUACACGGAGGACCCUGGUCCUGGUCACUGAAGUGUGCUCCUCUCAUGGUCUUCUUGAUCAUUUGCUGUCGAAGGGAUCCGUCAGUGAGAGAGAGGUGCAGAUGUACAUUCAGCAAAUCCUGGAGGGAGUUGGUCACAUCCACAGCAUGAACAUCCUACACCUGGACAUCAACACGGACAAUAUCCUGAUGGUGUUUCCACCCAGAGAGGAGAUCAAGAUCUGUGACUUUGGCUUCUGUCAAGAGAUGGACACUUCCAGACACCAGUACAGCAAGUUCGGCACUCCUGAGUUUGUAGCCCCUGAGAUCAUACAUCAAGACCCUGUCACUAUAGCAAGUGAUAUCUGGUCCAUUGGUGUUGUGGCCUAUUUAUGUCUGAUGUGCCGCUGUCCGUUCGUGGGGGAGACGGACCGGGCCACUCUGCUGAGGGUGGGGGAGGGGACACUGAACUGGGAUGCACCCGACCUCGCCUACAGGAGCACCGGUGCCCAGGGCUUCCUCCGCACGGUCCUGCAGCCAGACCCAGCAAAGCGACCAACUGCAUUUGAGUGUCUGGGGCACGAGUGGUUCCAGGAUGAGACUGAUGAUAUCAAUACGAGGGCUCUGAAAGUCUUCAUCUCAAGGAGAAAAUGGCAGCGUUCUCUGACCUGCCUGGGCUCGGUACUAAUCCUGAAGCCCAUCCCAGAGCUACUGGAUGCCCCUCUUCGGGAGACCUCCAUCACAGCCCCCCGGGACCCCCAUGAGCACAGCAGCACCUCCAUGAGCAGCGGCUCCUCCUCUGAGUACGACGAGGCCGACGCCUGGGACUUCUUCCACCACUGCACCACAGCCGACGAGGAUGAAGACGAGGAGGAGGAAGAAUUUGACCCCCUCAUGGAGAGAGCCAGGAUCCCUGAGCUCUUUGCCAAACUGACAUUCGAGGAAGAGGAGGAGGAGGGCACCAUGGAGGAGGAGAACGAGGAGGAGGCGGAGGAGGAGAUGGGAGGAAAGAGGAGCGUGCUGGAGAGGAGCCUAAGCAGGCAGUCUAUAGGGUCCUCGGACGCUUCACAGCAGCCGACCCCCCAGAGGGAGAAGAGGGUCAGCCGAGAAAGCAGCCCGUCCCUAUACCUCUCCGAGGGGGAUGAUGGGUCCGCGUCCGGGAGUGAUGGAGGCCUCAUCGCCAGGAGCAGCCUGAUCCGCAGCACUUUCUACAACAGCUCCGCGCAGCUCUCGCCCAUGUCCGCUCGCCACAUGACCCUCAGGGACAAGUUCCAAGCCAAGAAGCAGGAGAGGGGCCGCAAGCCGCUCCGCAGAAGCCUCUCUAGCCGCCUCAACGAGCCUCUCAUUGAGUAUGUGGAGGACGAAGGCGAGACCAAUCACGGGCAAAGGCGAGGGUCUUUGCAGCCGUCCAUGCUCAAGUCCUGCUCCUUUGACAGCGGGGUCAGCCUCUCGCACAAUGCACCACCACAGAGGAGGAGCAGGUCGUUGGACGAGUACUUCCGACACUCACCAGGAUCUGCCAAACGCAGAGAAGAGGAGAGUGCUUUGAAUCUUAAGGAGGAUUUCACUGAUGAGGAGGAAGAGGAGAAGAGCUUGGACGUUCCUCCUCUCCAAGUGAGAGGUAGAAGAGGUUCAGUGGCAGUGGCUCCCAAACAGCUUACGGCCAGGCUUCAGAAACUGUGUGCAAAAUUGCUCCGUGCUGGUCCAGAGGAGGAGGCGGGGAACCUGGCUGGCUCUCAGUACUCCCUGGCUGAGUCCCUCAUCCUGGAGCAUGGCUCUGAGGGCUCCAGCAGGCUGGGCUCUUGUGAGGAGCUGUCCCACGGCUACCCUGCAGCCGCACAAAGAGGGAGAGCAGGGGAUGAGUAUGAUGACCAGGAGGAGCCCCUGAUCACAACUUCCCCCUGCUCCCUGCUCCAGGGGUCUGAGGCUGUGGACGCUGACAAGGAGCCCCAGCGCCGGAACGGCCAACUUCAGAUCCCACCGAGAAGGACAACCCACCCCAACCAGAACUCAAUGGCCAGAAGUAAUGGUAAGGUUGAGAAGACGGUCCUGCCUGUAAAACCCAGCCCCAGCCUGUCCUUCAAGGCCCCAGAGAGACCCUCGAGGGCCAGCGACACAGAGGCACGUCUCCAGAGGCACGCGUCCACCCCGGCCCUCCAGGCCAAACCGCCCACGGGGAAGUCUCCCAGGAUGUCACCCAAGGUUGGGUUGAUGAAUCUGUUACGUAGGCAGUCCUGGGCGGGGCAUUCCUACUCACAACUGGAGGGCGCGGAGCAGGGACCCACGCUAGGGGAAUUGGAGCCCAGAACCCCCACCAUGUCACUCAGGAAAAAGAUGAGGGCAUCAGCCUCUAGCCUCACCAAGCUGUUCACUAAAUCAUCCAGCAAGGAGGACUUAACGAAGGGAGGGCCGAUUGUUAAGGGUUCAUCUCCUGCUCCACCUGAGCAAAAGGCGAGCGCUGGCUUGGAGAGUGCGAAAAAGAAGUCCAAAUUAUUUUCAUUUAAAAUACCUAAAAUACCUGCAUUCAAGAAGAACAAAGAGAUGCCCAUCCACCUGACCAGGCCUGAUGUGCACCAGUUGGAGGCAGGUGGAUUUCUGCUGGUAUGGAGACCAGUGCAGUCCAGCGACCCAGUGGUUUACUGUGUUCAGUACAGCACAGCCGGCGGGGAGUGGAAGCUACUGUGCGAGGAGGUGACAGACAGUUGCUACGUAGUGAAGGACUUACUCAGAGGAGCAGGAUACGUAUUCAGGGUGGGCUGCAUCACCAAGAAGGGGGCAGGACCUUUCAGUGACCCUUCACCACCUGUUGUUAUGGCAACCCAUCCUAAAGAGACCCACAUUCCCCUCAUCCAGACCGAGUACCCAGGGUCAAAGGGCAGUGGAUCAAGAGGUCAACCUAGCCACAAGACCUACAGCUUCCUCGCAGAGAUCAACAGGGGUCGGUUCAGCGUGGUGACCCAGUGUCAGGACAGCCAGAGCCAGCAGCUGUUUGCUGCCAAGAUCACCCCCUACAGGCCAGAAAAGAGAGCUCUGGUGCUCAGGGAGUACCAGCUGCUUAAGAAGCUCAACCACCGGCACCUGGUGCAGCUGCACACGGCCUACAUUACCCCCCACUACCUGGUGCUCAUCCAGGAGCUGUGUGCAGGCAGAGAGCUGCUCUACAACCUAGCUGAGAGAGAUCUUUAUGCGGAACUCCAUGUGGCAGAGCUGCUGGCUCAGAUCCUGAGUGCUGUGGACUACCUGCACGGCCGCCGCGUCGUCCACCUGGACCUCAAGUCGGACAACAUGCUGGUGACGGACCGCAACGUGCUGAAGAUCGUAGACCUGGGCUCUGCUCAGUCUUUCACACCCGGGCAGACACUGAACAUCGAGGAGAUUCCGGGACAAGAGAAAGUUUACAUUGUCCUUCCUAAAGCUCCAGAAAUCCUCGACGGACAAGGAGUCGGACCUGAGACCGACAUCUGGGCUAUUGGGGUUUUGGCUUUUAUAAUGUUGAGUGCAGAUAGCCCGUUCCAUUCAGACCUCAACUGGGAGAGGGACAGAAACAUCCGGAAGGGGAAGAUCCAGUUUGGCCGCUGCUACCCUGGCUUGUCAGAGGGAGCAAUCAACUUCAUAAAGAACACACUGAGCAUCAAGGCUUGGGAGAGACCCUCGGCGGCUGAGUGCCUCCAGAACCCGUGGGUACGGGGCGAGCGGGCCCCUUCCAAACACAGAGACUCCAUCUUGUGUUUCUCCACUGACAAGCUGCAGGCUUUCCUCAAGGAGAGAGAGGUGAAACGAGACCAGGUCCGCACCAAGCUGCAAGGCCCUUUCUUCCAAUAAUUGCACUUCUUUCUAAUGUUUAGAGUAGGGCUGUAAGGACUUACACAUGAACUGGCGCUGGGUGAUGUCUCUUCAUAGCCCAGAUCCUGAUCACAAAUAUGUGAUGUCUUACAAAUGUUGACCUAAAAUGGAGAGCGGUUAAAUGUGUGCGUAUCAAUGGCUGCUUAGAGUUUUGUUAAAAAUUUGUCUGAAUGACUUGGACUUUGGCUUUGGUUGAAUUAUGGCGCCAUGAUAUCAGGGAAAUGUUUAGUUAAAUGCUUUAUGCAAAUACUGUUGCAUGAGUUUGAAAAGAUGAUGAUGUUGAUGUGUAAAAUGCAUCAUCCCUUUGAGUUUGCAGCAUUGGACACGAAACGCAUUUCACGUUUACAUGUUAGUCAUUUAGCAGACGCUCUUCUCCAGAGCGACUUACAGUUAGGCGUUCAGAAAAGGUUUGUAUUUUUUUUGUGAUUCUUAACAAUAUGUUUGUGGUUCAUUAGCCAAAUGGAAAGAUCAGUGGAGGAUUAAUGUGCCCAAAGCAUAGCAAGGGCCCCUACCAGAAUACAGCUUUGUCUCACAAAGGGAGGAACAUUGAAAUAUAUAUAUAUAAAUCUAGAUAGAUAUUUACACUAUUGCAAUGUUUUCAACUGUGCAGAAAUAGAUUGUAUCAAUGGAGAAUAAGAUCAUGAGUAAAUGAAGCAUAUUUUGGAUGAUCCUUUAUUUGAUUUCAUGGAGUAUACCUUGUGACAGGUGAUGGAUGUACUGAAAGGCUAAUGAAACAGUAUGUUAGUG